GGUACUGGGAGGUCGUGGCUCAAGGAAGAGUCGUGCUGAGGAGCCCAGGUCCUGUGCUCUUGCCUAGGAUGAGCUCCAGUUCCAGCAAUCCUGAAGAUGGGGACACCACUGAGCAGUCUCAGCUGGGGCUGGACACCGUGAUCCAGAAGUUGGAAGACACCAUCCUGAGCCCCAUGGCCAGAAGGGAAGACCGGGCGCUAACAGUGCGUGGAGAAGGCCAGCAGGCUUUACCUACUCCUGUGCCAGCCCGUAUCCGAGAGAUUGUGUCGAGCAGCCUGAGCGAGGAGCCACUCUCAGGUGAUGUGAAAAGCCCUAAAGCUACUACAACCCACGCACAGGAAGAGAGUGAGCUCCUGCAAGAAGAGCUGACUCGGUUGGAGGACCUGUUGGCCCAGGCAGAUGCUGAGCGGGAGGAGCUGGCCAACAGGUGUCACAUGGUCAGCCAGAGGCUGCAGGCCCGCCUGGAUACCGCUGAGGCCCGGCUUCGGAAGUCAGAGCUGGAGCACAGCAUGGAUUUGGAGGAGGCUCUUAGCCGGCUGGAGGCCUCACAGCAGAGGAGCAUGGGCCUUUCCCAAGUAAACACCCUCCUUCGACAACAGCUGGAGCACAUGCAGAAGGCCAACGACACAUUGGCCAGGGAACUGACCAGGACAACACACAGCUUGCUCCGCCUGCAGGGCAAGUUGGAGCUUCGAGAGACCCAAAGGUUGAGCCUAAGACAGCCCCGAGACAUCCUCCCCCUGUGGAGACAGGCCAAGGCUCUACAGACACACCUGGCGGAGGUUCGGGCAUCCACGGAGAGGGGUCUCGCAGAUGUUCGGGCGGACAUGACCCGGACGGCCCAGCGCUUGCAUAUGGCUUGCCUGAGCUUCGACUCCCACCUGCAACUGACAGCCAGCAGCAUGACCAGUGACCUGGAACAGCGGCUGAGGGAGCAGGCUAGGGAAAUGCUGCAGCUACAGGGCCAGUGGGCUGCUGAGAAGGUGGCGCUUCAAGCCAGACUCUCAGAGCAGACACUACUGGUAGAGAAGCUCUCUGUGCAGAAGGAACAAGGAGAGAGAGCCAUCCUGACACUCAAGGCGGACAUCCAAAGAUUGGUGGCCCAGUCAGAUGCUCAGUAUACAGGGUUGGCCUGGAGCAGCAGCACUGAAGUCAGGGAAGUACAGACCCGACUGAGGAGCCCCCCACGUUCUCUGUCUCCACACCAGCGCAUGUCCCCAACACGGACCAGCUCUCCAACCGACCUGCAUCCUGCACUGCAGGCUGUCCAGUCAGCCAUGGAGAGGCGGCAGCAGUGGGAGCAGGAGCUACAUCUGAGGCUGAAGUCCUCCCAAGAAGAAGCAGCCGGGCUCCGAGAGCAGCUGUCUGGGUACCGGCAAGAACUGCGGACCUCACAGAGGCUUCUGCAGGAUAGGGCACAGGAGCAUGAGGAUCUGCUGGGCCAGCUGGAGGCCCAGAGGCAGGAGACACAGCUCUCUCAGGUGUCUGUCCAUCUCCUGGAAAGGGAGAAAGUAGCCCUGGAGGCAACUGUGGAGGAACUGAGGGCAAAGGCAGACAUUCAGGAGGCUGAGACACAGAAGCUGGAGGCCACAAACGCAGAGCUUCGGAGAAGCCUCCUGCUGCGGACAGAGCAGAAAGCAGAGCUCGCCCAGCAGAGUGAGCGCAGCCUGCGUGAGCUGGAGACCAGCCAGGGCCGCCUGGAGCAACUGGAAGAAAAGGUUUCUGGGCUCAGGAAGGAGCUAGCCACAUCCCGGGAGGCACUGAGUUCAAUGCAGUUGCAGAGGGACAUCUUGGAGACAGAAAAGGAGGGCCUGCGUGGUGCUCUGGCCCAGGCUGAAUCUAGCAAUGCUGACUUGGAAUUGCUGGUGACACGGCUGAAGACGGAGGGAAUGGAGAAACAGGACUCACUGGCCAAGAUGGCUACCCUGCUGGAAGGGCUUUCCCAAGACAAAGGCACCCUAAACCAUCUGGUACUUCAGCUGGAGCAGGAACGGGACCAGCUUCGGGAGCAGCAGAAGAGGCUGGAGCAGGAGCAGGCUAUCGUGAGAGAACAGCUGACGCAGACAGAGCAGCAGCUGGGGCUCAUUCAAGCUGAGCGGAGAAGUCUGCAGGAGGCUUGUGGGCACCUGGAGCAAAAGCAGGAACAUCUAGAGAAGCAGGUGGCCCUGCUUGGGCAGGAGAGUGCCCAGCUCCGGGAGCAGGUGGACCAGGUCACAUACAAGAAACGGGCCCUAGAGAAGCAGCUGGCACAGAGCCUGCAGGACCAGGAGGCCCAGAUGGACAUUCUGCAAGAUGCCCUCCAUGAGAAGAACGUACUGUCUGAGGAGCGGGCCCAACUACUGGCUAAGCAGGAAGCCCUGGAGAGACAUAGCGAGCUUGUGACUAAGGAGGCAGCUGAUUUGAGGGCUGAGAGGAACUCUCUGGAGAACAGCCUCUUUGAGGCCCAACAGCUGACCACGCAGUUGCAGGCCCAGCAGGAACAGCUGGGAGCAAAGGCCAAGGCUGAUCAAUUGGCUCGCCAGGCCUUGCAAGUGGAAAUGGAGCGGCUGAAAAGUGACUGGGAAGUCCAAGAGACAAAAUUGCAGUGGGAUCUGGGACAGCUGCAGCAGCAGGCUGCACAGCAAGAGCAGGAGGCACAGCUGGCCUUGGAGCGCCAGGAGCUGGCCCACAGAGAGGAGCUGGCACGUCUGCACAGGGAGAAGGACACCCUCAGUUUAUCCCUGGCAGAGGAGAAAGAGGCAGCUGCCCGGUGGAUGGAGCAACAGAAAGAGCUGUUGACCAAAAGUACAGCCGACAGGGAGGUGCUGCAGGGGGAGAUUCAGAACUUGAAGCAGGAGCGGGAUGAGAGCCUCCUUCAACUGGAGCACGAGAUGCAGCAGGCCCUGUCUCUGAAAGAUGCAGAGAAGAACCUGUUGAGCAAAGAGCUCUCUGGAGCCCACCUGGAGCUGGAACGGGCCCGGCAGGAGGCCCAGAACCAGCAAGUGCAAGCUGAGGCUACCAUUUCCACCAUGACCAAAGAGCUGAGAACCCUCCAGGUCCAGUUCGAAGAGGCCAUCUCCGCCCACCAGAGAGAAGCUGAAACUCUGAGAGAGAAGCUCCGCGAGAUAGCAGCCGAGCGAAGCAGCGUGAGGAGGGAGGCUGAGGGGCUGCAGGCACAGCUGAACGUGGCUCAUGAGAGGCUGGCUGAACUGCGUCAAGAACUUCAGGACAGUGAAGAGAGUCGUGAGGGGCUACGCAGGGAGGCCUUGGAGGCUCGCCGGGCACUGGACGAUGAGGUUCAAGAGAAGGACGUACUACAACAUUCCAACACUGAGUUGCGGGCCACCAUCCACAGGGCUGAGCAAGAGAAAGCCAGUUUUAAGAGGUCCAACGAGGAGCAGGAGCAGAAGCUGCUGUUACUUCAAGAGGCCCAAGUGGCAGCUCAGAAGGAAGCCUGUGAGCUGAGGACCAGGCUGCAAGGGUUGGAACGGGCACAGAGGGAUACCUGUCGGAAGCUCCAGGAGCGCCACAGACAGGUAAGGACGCUGGAAGCUGAGAACCAGAGGAAGAGGCAGGAAGUGAGUGAGCUGCAGGCCCAGGUCUCUAGGGAUGCACAGUGUCGGCGCAAGAACAUGCAGGAGACACUAGAACUGCAGCGACAAGUCGCCGAGGCUCAGGCUGCCCGUGACGGUGUUCAGAAGGAGGUUCUAGAGCUACAGCACAAGCUGGCAGAAGUGGAGGCUGCAGGGGAGGCCAGGGCAAAGCAGCUGGAGGGCCAUCUUUGUGAGAGCCAGAGGGCUGAGCAGACCCUGCAGGCCGAGCUGCGCAGAACCACCAGGAAGCUACAACAGGCCAGCAACCAGGCUGACAGCCUUCAGAGCAACCUGGACAAUGCCCGUAGCCAAGUCCACGUCUUGGAACAGGAGCUGGCCAAGGCUGAGGGUGUUAGGCGUAAUGCAGAAGCCCAACUGGGCCGGCUGUGGUCCACACUCUGCAGUGGCCUAGGCCAAAGUCAGAACCUCUUGGCCUCUCCAAAGAGGCCCCAUUCUCCCACAACAGGCAUCACCCAGACUCGUCAUGGACGGCAAAGGACCAGUCCCCCUACUAGAUCCUACUCUCCUGCCCGAUGGCCCUCGCCUGUACCUGUAGAUCCUAAUUCAGAGGUCAUCGAUGUGGCCUUUGUAAGGGAUGCCCUGAGGGACCUGGUGCAAAAGCUUCUCGAGGCCCAGCAGGAACGGGACAACUCUGGCACUCAGGUGGCCAGCCUGAGCAGCCAGCUGAGCGAGGCAGAGAGGGAACGCGUCCACCUACAGAGCCGUGUGGAGCAGCUACAGAGGGACCUAGCGGAUGCAGAGGAAGCCCAGCGCAGGGCCGAAAAUGCACUGCACAGUGCCCAGGCAGCUCGGGCCUUGCAGAAGGAGGCACUCCAGAGGCUGGAAGUAGAGCAUCUGACAAGCACACGGGCUGCCAGCCAGGAGAGGAGAAGGCUGCAGGAGCAAGUAGACACCCUCCGUCAGGCCCUGGAAGAGAGCAGCAGGCACAGCCAGAGCCUUGCAGACAAGGGGAGGCUCCUGGAGCCCCUGCAGCAGGUGCAUCCGAGGAGCCAUAGGGAGCAGGAAGCCUCAGCAACACAGCGGGCAGAGAGGCGCGCCCUGCGAGAGCAAACAGCUUCACUGCGCACCGAGCGGGCCCGCCUACAGGGGGAGCUCGCGGCACUGCGCACGCGCCUCAGACAGACAGAGCAAGAGACCCUGAGGAAGGAGGAGGACACAGCGAUGCUGGGGGCCAAGAAGGAGCUGCUACUGCAGUCUCUGAGCAGCCUACACCAGGAAGUAGAUGGGGCCUUGCGGCAGAGCCAGCAGCUGCAGGCCCAGAUGGCGGAGCUGGAACGGGCCCACACCCAGCGGCUCCAAGAGCUAGCUGCCCAGCACCAGCGGGACCUGGCAGCUGAGGCUGAGAGGCUCCAUGAGACCCAGCUGCAGGCCACACAGGCUCUGGAAUCCCGUGAGCACAUUCACCAGCAGAGAGUAAAGGUCCUGGAAAGGCAGGUAGCUAGGCUGAAGAAGCAGCUGGACCAUGAAGUGAGGCAGCGGCAGCAACAAGCCCACAGUGACUAGACCUUUCGAGCCAAGCACUACAGUACCUCCCUUCAUUCCUAUGCCGUGUGGCCUGCACUGACAGCAGGUUCUGGGGGCCAUGUUAGGGUUCUAUGCUACCGGAGAAACUGGUGCUACACACACUAGAGGGGCCAAGUUUAACAAACAUCGGUGGGCUGUGAGAAGAUUUACAAAUAGGCAGCCACCAACCAAAGCACACUACGCCCUCCUCGACUCUUCCCAGACUGCAGAGGUCCUGCCUAUGGGGACCUCAGCCUCCAGCUGGACGGGACCACAUUGCUCUUUGAUUCUCCUCCCUGCUGCAGGGAGCAGGGAUGCUGACCACCCCUCAGGUCAUACUGGGCCUGGGGCUCCAUUUCUAGAUUGGACCUGUUACUUGGGCCAGGCACUGGUGGCUGAGCCCUGUCAAACCAGCCCUUCUGCCACAGGCACAUUCCGUGCCCUCAGUUCUGUAAACACAGGAAACACAUGGAAAACAUUUCCACCAGCGAGAGCCAAAAACACAAUGUCCUGCAAGGCCAGCCACCACACCCCACAUCCAGAGGCCACAAAACCUUCUGCAUCCAGGAACUGCAGUCCCAUCACGGUGGCAGGUGGCUGGAAAUGACUCAGAUGCAAGCCCUGUGACGUGCGCCACAGGGGUAUUGGAGAUCUGAAGCUGUUCUAGAAUCUCCCAUUUCCACACACACACACACACACACACACACACACACACACAAAAAUGCUGGAAAAUGCCAUUGGGCAAUCCUUCUCUGGUUGCUAUGCAGGCUAAGGCCAUUAUCAGAUCUUGUUCCUGCCUCACCUGUUGGCAUCCCUGUGCCUUUCUCCUAUUUGGUGCUGGUCAGAAUGACUUGUCUUCCCCCUGCCCCUCCAAUUCUCUUUCACAUUGUAAAUGGCGCUUUCUAGCGUCCACAGGCUACCAGGCAACCUGGUAAAUUCUUGCCUGCCUGCACCCCAGGGUACAGGUUGUCCCAUGGCUUGUGCUUCUGCCAGGACCUCCUGAAGCCUCUUCAAGGACUCUGGCAUCGGGCAGGAAAGGCAGGCAGCUCCUGGAACCCAUCCAGUCACAGUCAUGUAGCUAAGGUCAAGAUAGGUGACAGCCCGUCAGUUUACUUCAAGAUCACCAGGGACUUAAAAUCAGCCACCCUGUCAGACCUCUGGUUGAACUUAGUAGCUGGUCCCUGCACAGUUGAGGUGGACAGAUAGGCCUUACUACCGAUGACAGUGUGAAGAAGGACCCUGACGCCCAGGCUCUGAAAGGGAGAACACAGAGACCCAUUGGCAAUGGCUUUCUUGGACAAAGGAUAAGUUGGUGGCACAGGGACCCUGAUAAAUUCCCACCUACAGUUUCCAGGUCCCAGCCAACACAGCCUGGCAGGGGAGAGUAGACGGCCUGUCCCACUGAGGCCUGAGAAACUGGGACUUCGUAGAUAGCCCUUACCUUCCUCCUCCUCUGGUCUGCAGCUCCCCUGUGGAAGUGUUGUACCAUCCCCUGGAGGACCCGAGAGCGGUACAGAAACUGGAGAUUCCCACAGGAGGCUAGGGGGUUCCUCCACUGCUGGUUCAGGGAGCCCACCUGCAGCAUUAAUGCCUUCCUCUUCCUGACCUCGCAAGGCUCCCUGGUCCCAGGGACAUCAAUGGGACUGAAGUUGACAGCUGAGGAGGUGUCCUGUAAAUAUACCUGGAAGCAGGGGGCACACUUCAACAAGGACAGGUCUGGAUACUUCUUGGCACCAAAAUAAAAAACACCGUGACCUGGCCAAGGUGCUUCCAACGAAGGUGCUCCCUAGUGACCCCGCUUUUGCACUGGCUGCUCAGGGGAACAUUCCCAGCACAGCGAGGGCUUCUGAGAUUGCCACACUCUUGAGUAUUUACAUCCGUGCAGGAGAUAUUGUUUUUCCUUAUUCAACAUAAAGGAAUGUAUUUGUGUUGAGAAGGGAUGAUUUCUAAAGAAUAUAUUGCGUUUCUCUAAA